AUGCCUUCGGUUGUUGCGAACUCCGAAAACCAGUCAAUUCCUAUUGUGCCAAUCGGCCCGGGUCAGAGACCUGGACAAUUUAAGGGUCAAAAUUUCAAACGCUGGCAACAAAAGAUGUUGUUUUUCUUAACACAACUUAAGUUGUCACGGUACCUCACUGAAGAGGAACCAAUCCCAGAGGAGGGUAAUGCCCAAUCUCUAGCCAGUUACCAACAAUGGAAACAUAACAGUUUCAUGUGUUGGAACUUUGUGCUGAACGGUUUGGAUGAUUCGCUUUAUGGUGUUUUCUCCAAAUAUGUUACGGCAAAGCAACUCUGGGAAGCGAUUGAUCAUAAAUAUCGGGUCGAAGAGGCUAGCCAAGGACAAAUGGUGGUAGCAAAGCUCCUAAACUACCGUAUGGUAGAUACAAGGAGUGUUGUGGAACAAGUAGAUGAAUUACAAAUCAUCUUCCACAACUUGGCGGGAGAAGACAUCAUGGUAAAUGAACGGUUCCAGGUGGCAACUCUGAUUGAAAAAUUGCCUCCCUCCUGGACGAGUUUCAAGAAUGACCUGAGACAAAAACCUAAGGACAUGUCUUUGAAGGAUUUACAUCGUCGUGUGAGAAUUCGGCAGGAAUCUCAACCUAUUCUUAAAAUGAAUGGGCAGUUUGGAUCCAAGGCAAAUGUCGUUGAGACGACUAAGACCAAAGGGAUUAAGAAGCGGAAGAUUGAUAAGAAUGUCAACUCCAAGAAAUUCAAGAGGGAAAAGUAUUCAUAUCUCAUAAUCUAG